AUGGCAGUUUCUUCCACCAUUGCUUUUUCCGUGAAACGGUGUAAGCCUGAACUGGUGGUACCGGCAAAGUCUACACCACGUGAAAUAAAGAAACUCUCCGAUAUAGAUGAUCAAGAAGGUUUACGGUUUCAAGUUCCGAUGGUGUUUUUCUAUAAAAACAAUCCUUCAAUGAAAGGGAUUAAUCCAGUUGAAGUCAUUCGAGAAGGACUUGCGAAAGCACUGGUUUAUUACUAUCCCUUUGCUGGGAGGAUUAUGGAAGGAGACAACAGAAAACUUAUGGUUGAUUGCAAUGGCGAAGGCGUUUUGUUCGUAGAGGCUGAUGCAUAUAUCAGGCUUGAGCAGCUUGGGGAUAACAUAUUGCCGCCAUGGCCGUUUAUGGAAGAGUUUCUGCACGAUGUAUCUGGUUCGGGAGGGAUCAUUGGCUGCCCUCUUUUGUUGUUUCAAGUAACCAGAUUCAUCUGUGGUGGAUUUGCUUUGGGAAUCCGAUACAACCACACUAUGGCAGAUGCUUAUGGGAUGAUGCAAUUUCUAAAUGCUAUUUCUGAAUUAGAGAAAGGGGCAUCUACACCUUCUAUUCUACCUGUAUGGCAAAGAGAACAAUAUUUGAAUGCAAGAUAUCCCCCAAGAAUUACAUGCAUACACCAUGAAUAUGAACAAAUACCACAAUCCACAGACUUUAUGGAUUCGGACAAGCUAAUUCGGAUCGCCAUUUUCUUUACUCCUAAGGAUAUACAAGCACUUUAUAGUAAUCUAUCCUCGUCGGGAAGUUUUCGUAGAUGCUCGAGAUUGGAUCUAAUAAUAGCAUGCUUAUGGAAAUGUCGUACGAGUGCACUGAAUCCAUCUGAUCCAGACGAGACUGUUCGUCUUUCAAUCCUUACCAAUGUGCGUGAGAAAGGUGCAUCUGCACCUUCUAUUCUACCUGUAUGGCAAAGAGAACAAUAUUUUAAUGCAAGAUCUCCCCCAAAAAUUACAUGCAUACACCAUGAAUAUGAACAAAUAACACAAUCCACAGACUUUAUGGAUUCGGACAAGCUAAUUCGGACUGCUGUUUUCUUUACUUCUAAGGAUAUACAAGCACUUUAUAAUCAUCUAUCCUCGUCAGGAAAUUUUCGUAGGUGCUCAAGAUUUGAUUUGAUAGUAGCGUGCUUAUGGAAAUGUCGUACGAAUGCACUGAAUCCAUCUGAUCCAGACGAGACUGUUCGUCUUUCAAUCUUUACCAAUGUACGUGGCAAGCCAGGCCUGAAUCUACCGACUGGAUACUACGUUCAGUUAAUUCAAAAUGCAAAGGCUCAAAUGAGUGAAGAGUACAUUAAAUCAGUGGCAGAUCUUAUGGUGAUCAAGAAAAGACCCAAAUACGCAACAGAUUGGAAUUUCAUUGUUUCAAACAUAACUCGUUUAGGUUUCGAGAAGAUUGAUUUUGGAUGGGGCAAUGCAGUGUAUGGUGGAGUUGCUUCGGCCACUUCAAAUAUUAGUGUUUGUACUAAUAUCAAGAACGGUAAAGGAGAAGAUGAAGUUGUGGUACCAUUAUUCUUGCCACCAUUGGCUGUGGAAAAAUUCAAAUACGAGCUAGAAAAGAUGACUUGUGAACCGCUCUGCAAAAUGUAA